CCAGUGAGCCCCGUCAAACGGCCCCACACCUCGGUCGUCGUCGUCGUCGCGUCGCCGAAGACCCGAAGUCAGACUCAGACGACCCGACCGUCUCGUCACCGUAUCCAAUGGCUCCCUUGCUCCAGCGCGCCCUCCUCGCCGCCCUGCUGCUCGCCAGCACGGCCUCCUCAUCCUUCGUCACCGCCAGCCGCGACGACGGCGGCGGGCGCUUCGACCCCACCCGCGCCGUCCACGUCUCAUGGCGCCCCAGGGCGUUCCUGUACAAGGGGUUCCUGUCGGAGGCGGAAUGCGAUCACCUCGUCGCGCUGGCGGAGGAGGGUGGCCUGCAGAAGUCGAUGGUGGUGGACCGGCUGACGGGGAAGAGCGUGAUGAGCCAGGUGCGCACUAGCUCCGGAACGUUCCUCCCCAAGAAGCAGGACCGAGUUGUGGCGACGAUAGAGGAGAGGAUCGCCGCCUGGACCAUGCUGCCACAGGAGAACGGCGAGAGCAUCCAGGUGCUCCGGUACGAGAGCGGCCAGAAGUACGAGCCGCACGUCGACUUCAUCCGGCACACAGCCAAAGGCUACCAUUCCCGCGGGGGGCACCGCGUCGCCACCGUGCUCAUGUACCUGUCCGACGUCAAGAUGGGCGGCGAGACCGUCUUCCCCAACUCCGACGCCGAGACGUUGCAGCCUAAAGACGACACAUGGUCAGAGUGUGCACGACGUGGGUACGCAGUGAAACCUGUGAAGGGCGACGCGGUGCUGUUCUUCAGCCUGCACCCAAACGGGACGACGGACCCGGACAGCCUGCACGGGAGCUGCCCCGUGAUCGAGGGGGAGAAGUGGUCGGCGACCAAGUGGAUCCACGUCCGAUCCUUCGACAGCCGCCCUCGCGUGCCAGUCACCGGAUGCGGGGACGAGAACGAUCUCUGCCCUCGGUGGGCCGCCAAUGGGGAGUGCGCCAGGAACCCUCGCUACAUGGUCGGAACCGCCGGCAACCCCGGCUUCUGCCGGAAGAGCUGCAACGCGUGCACCAGUUCAUUGUAGAGUUGUAAUCGCAGGUGGUUAAUCGAAAUAAAAUAUCUGUUUAUCAAUGAUUUGCCAUGUACAAAUAUAUCAUCAAAUCAUUGUCCGGACAAGGCAAAUAGGCAAUCACGUU